AUGAGCGCGAAAGGUCCUGAUGAACAAUCACUCCUGGAAGAUGCUUCAACUCUGCUUAUGUUCUCCAAGACCCGAACGGCAAGUAGUGGUAACGAUGAUAAAGAUAUGCAACAGCCCCAUACAGUACCUAUUUCACGAGCUGAAAGCGAGAAUGUUUCUCCUGGUAAUCCCAGAGGUUCUCUGGGACCCGCAUCUAUAGCAUUACUGCCUCGAGACGGCAAGGAUAAAAUACGAUCGGAAUCUGUAUCUCCGACUAGUGGUGGAAGAAGCAAUAUAAGCGAAAAAGGUAUGGUAGCUGCUGCUGCAUUAGCCGCAGCCGCGACAGUCCCACUCCCGUUGAAGCCAGGUCAAAGAAGGAAGACUAGCCGUGAAGAACCUGCUAAUGAAAGUGUGGAUUCUCGCGUGAUGGGAGAAUGGCCAGUUCCAGAUUCGUAUAUUGUCGAUAUCGAUUCCGGUAUAAUAUCUUGUAUUUGCGGUUUCAGCGAUGACGAUGGUUUCACCAUUCAGUGUGAUCACUGUAAUAGGUGGCAACAUGCUAUCUGUUUUAAUAUCAGAGACAUAGAGACGGCACCUGAACAUCAUCUGUGUAACACAUGUCAGCCAAGGAAAUUGGACCCCAAGAGGGCAAGGAGGAAACAAAUGGAAAAGUUACAAAGGCAGAAUCGUAAUAAGAAUUCUGAUUCAACUCAUCGUGAUGCGAGAAAUGCAACUGAUCCUAGUAAUGAUUAUAGAAGGACUUCAUCAACGGAAAUUAAUAAUAAUGAACAUUCAAAUGGUACGGGAAAUAACAAUGGCAAUAAAACUAAUAAUGAUAAUGAGGGAGAGGAAAGUCAAGCUGAUUAUGAUAAUAUGGAAAGGCUUGAAGAAGCAACAGAAGAGACUAAUGUUAAAAAGAGGAAAGAAGAUGGGGAUAUAGCACUUGGCAACGGUUUGAAAAGGAAAAAGGACAACGCUUUAUAUUUAAGUGCAAAGGAUGCUUACUUAGCCCUGUAUCUGCCCAUUGAAAAAAAUGAGUUCAAGGAUAAAUAUGCCGGGUUGUUCAUCGAAAAACAUAACGAUGAUGAUUGGGUUAUACCUUACAAUAAGGAUGAGUUUAAACCUAUACCAACUGCAGUGAAACCAUAUGCUGAGCUCAGCAGUGUCAAAAUCUUUCCCGGGUUCGCAAAAUUGGGGCUCUAUUUGUCAGAAGAUUGCAGUCGAAAUGAUUUCAUAUGUGAAUUUUUGGGUGAGGUUGAUUUUCAAAAAAGCUAUCUUUUGGAUCCAAGGAACCAUUACAGAAUUUGGGGGACUACCAAGCCGAGGGUCCUAUUCCAUCCUCAUUGGCCCAUUCACAUUGAUGCACGGCUGUGUGGGAAUGUUGCCAGGUAUAUGAGAAGAAGUUGUAAACCCAAUGUUGAGCUUGCUACGAUCAGAAUGCCAGCCACCAACGAGCUGAAAUUCGUGUUGAGGGCAACGAGAGAUAUUGAGAAUGGCGAAGAGAUACAUAUAGGUUGGCAAUGGGAUUUGCGUCAUCCUAUUUGGCAGAUUAUCAACGGUACAGCCACGUUUGACUCGUUAAACGAUCCGGAUAAGUAUCUUCUCAUACAUUCUAUCGACAUUGUCCUAGGUGUAUGCGAUUGCGCAUGUGGGAAUAGCAACAAGGACUGCAAUCUACAAAAAGUGAAGAAAUUUUCACAAAGCCUUUACAAAACGGUAAAAUCCAAGAUGAAUAACAGGUACAAAUUAAAUGAAAUCUUAAAUCAGUAUCAAGGCAAGAAAAGAAGGCAACCGCCCAUCUUAUCAAGAAUGGCUAAAGAAGUGUUGGAGAACGAAGAAAGAGCGCCAAAAGUUCUAGCAGAUUACAAUGAGAAAAAACUAGCGAUCACUUGCGGCUGUAGCGCCCGCCAAUGGUGGGCCGUCAUUGAAGGUUCAGCAAAUGGUAUUAAACCAUACAAGCAGAGCCUAAUGGAUAAGCAAGAUGCAAAGUAUAGUGUUGAUGCUAGCUCAUCAACAUUUGAUCCAACUAAAUACGAUGAGUCCAAGGUCGCUGAUAUCAGCCAGUUGCCCAUUCCAAUCGUCUUAGAAGUACCUCUCAAAUACCCGACCGGGGCAGAAAUUGGCAAGCGAGCUGCGCCAGAGUCAUCCGCAAACCCACCAGAUACUCAGGCGAUCGCUUCAGACAAGUCAGCGUCCUACCCGUCCAUAUCUGCUCGCGCGAAGCCGGAAGAGAGAAGUCACUCGUCAAGCGCUGCCAGUCUACCGGACCUCGCGGAUAACUCGAAGGGGACUCUCAAGAAGAAAUUGAGCUUCGCAGACUACAGGAAGAAGCAGCAUAGGUGA